AUGGCAGAUGAGAAAAUUCAGUCAAAAAUUCGAGGAUAUUAUCAAUUCAAGGACAAGGGGAAGGCGUGGUUGAAAUUGAGUUUGAAGGAAGAAUGGAUGUUUAACUUAGAUAACGCGAUCACCUUCUUGUUUUCACCUCAACCAACCCUUACUAGUAAUUUCAAAUCACCGUAUUUCUCUCGGCUUUUACUCUUCUCUGAAUCACUAGUCUCUUGUACGAUGGAAUAUCUCCCGUCUCCGCUUUCUGGUGACGCGUAUAGUCCUCGUUAUCAUAAGACUUUCAACACCUCCAUUCCCGAGGUUAUCAGGCAACAGAUUCGGACCAAGUGCUCAAAACGUUCAUCUGCCAGGUCAUACCCAGAUCGCAAGUUUCGAUCCUUGGCCAAACUCCUUCUCGCAAGACAUCCUCAUCUGAAGUACAAACUCUUGAAACCUGGGAAUUGCGCUGGUCUUGGACCUUCCUCGACUACCGUAACUCUCGCUCCUAGGGUCGCAGGAUAUCACCCUGUUACUAUGUUCUCUCCUCAAACCCGACUCGUCAUCGAACGCGCGAAAUAUGUUGCACCCGGCUUGAGUUCUCUACUGAUCCCACUAGAAGAUCUUUCUCCAGAAAAAAUAACUCAAAUUGAAGAACUCAAUCCUCGUAUCAAAAGGAAAAUCGGAAAGGAAUUUCAAGAGAUUCUCGGGAUCGAAAUGACACCAUUGUCGAACAAGACUAUAUUUCGAUUAUUAAUUCAAUUCUUCAGAUUUUGGGUUCAAGAUCAUCGCUGUAGUACUCAAUCAAGGGACUUCAUUCGAGAAUAUCUACAUGAUUCAGAUGUCCUCUCAUUAAUGGAGGAAUUCGAUCUUUAG